CGUUUUUCUGCAAAAGAGCACAAGGUAGGCCGAAUGUGCGGUAGGUUUUCAGGGCCGUGAUGUUGAGUUGAGCUGAAGCCCCUCCACUCGCUCGCCCUCCGCCUCCGCCCUCCGAAGCCACCAGCCCCCAAAUUUUUUCCUCAUCUACUGCCCUUCCCCGGUCUCGCCCUUCUUCCUCUGCUAUGGUGGAGUCCGGCAGCCGGCGGGCUGCUGUUAGAGCGCGCCGCUUCAUCUAGGUGGGAAGCGCCGGUGGCGACUGGUGGGGUACACUGGCUAGAUCCAGGGAACGACUGGCCGUCCCGCGGCCGGAUCAGGUCCGGCGAACCCGUCCCGGCCCAGCUGUGGACCAGGCGGCUGGAGGAGGUGGCCGAAAAGUAGGGCGUGCCGCCCCUCCGUCGUCCACGGCGCUCCACCUGUGGGCGGGCACAGGUCACUGGAUCCGUUGCGCCUGCUGACGAAGGCCAACUCUGGCAGGCACCCCGAUGCCUGAGCUUGUUCCACUCGACGGAGCGCGCUCUCGUCGACGACAUCGUCGCGGGAUUUCUGCCACAUCUGAUGUUGAAGCAUGCAUCCAGUGCUGCAUCACUGUGGCGAAAGGUUUUGCCUUUGGUGAUGACACAAGGAAGAGGAAGGCGAGCGCACCACAAGCACCUAUUCCUUAUCUGUCAGACGAGAUAGUUGUGGCGAUCCUGGUGUGGCUGCCUGUCAAGUCUCUCUUGCGGUGCAGAGCCGUGUGCAAGGCUUGGCGAGCCAUCGUGAAUGACCCCUUGUUCGUGAGUGCUCACCUACGGUGGUCAGCCAUGAGAUGGGAGCAAGAGCCGUCCUUCCUCGUCACCCCGGUAACCCGGGACCAUGUCAUCCCACAGGAGGAUGUGAAGGAGCGCGGCUGGCCGACCACCUUCUCCAAGCAAAUUAGCUUCUAUCGCUACCAAUGGCAGUGGCAGCAAAGUGCCUCCGACUCCGACUCCGACAAUAAUGGCCAUGGCCAGCAGCAGACAGCUAGGUUGAUGCAUGUCAAGGAGUUGGGCUCCAAGUCCAACCGGGUGGGCUUCUUUGCCCACUGUGACGGCCUGGUUCUCGCUCCCACCGAAAAGGAGCUCUACCUCUUGAACCCGGCCACCGGGGACGCAAUCACGCUGCCGAAAAGCCACCGCAACAACCUGCGACACGCCCCAAGAACCUGCCAUUGUGUUGGUCUUGGCUUGGAUCCACGCACUGGCAAGUACAAGGUCUUCCAGGCCUUCUACCGACCUGUUAACCCCUAUCCAAGGUUCAAUGACUAUAAGAAAGUUCCAAUGGGGAUGGAAUUCCUCACUUUGGACGGUGGCAACAACGAGGCCUGGACCUGGACGGAGACGAUGGAAGAUUCGAUGUUCACUUUGGGCAGUGGCGACGACGACGAGGCCUGGACAGAGACGAGGGAAGAUCCGCCGCGCCCUCUGCUGAGAUGGCAGACUGGUGUGACACUGAAAGGGUUCAUUUUCUGGCGUGUUGACACGGCUCAGUACUGUCAGUCAAGUGCGGGGGGUCUUCUCCGCCUUACCCUAGAGCUUGAGGGAUUCAAUAUCAUCCCCCUGCCGGGGUCAAUGCGCAUUUGUGAUGACUUCAUGUUGGAUGCACUGCACGGCCAGGGGGAGCUGUGCCUCACGACCCGCACUAGUGAUGUGCCGUCGGUGACCAUAUGGAUGAUGCCAGUGCACAACGACGACAAUUAUCUCGCCAUGGGCUAUGCCCAGUGGGAGCUGCGCUACUCCAUCCCUCUCGGGCUCCCGCCGCAUCGUCUCUGCCGCCUGAUGGCUCUUGUUGCUGGUGGCACCCGAAUUCUGCUGUGGAGUGAUUUCAUUCUCUACGAAUAUGAUCUGGCAACCUCUAAGCUGAGCACCGUGUGUGAGAUGGAUCGAAUGAGGUACCAGGGUCGUCGAACGCGGAAAUGGAAGAACCUCUGGAGCUUCAACUUUGUGCCCUAUACGGAGAGCCUCUUUCGGAUCGGGAGCUUGUUACCCGUAUGCCAUUAUAAAAGAUUGAUCAAACCACCAGACCACUAACGGAUCGGAUCACUGCUGCCUAAUAAUUAGCUUUUUUAGCUAGCCAUGAGAUGAGAAUUGUGAUACUUUGUAGCUAUGAUUACAUUUGAUGCCAUGAGAACAAUUCUGUUUGGAUUGUAGUGCUUGUAUCUUCCUCUUCACUAUUUAUUCUGUGACUCUUCUUUAAUCGUAUGUGAGAAUAAUGCAAACAUGUGUAUCUUGAAAUACAGUAUGUGUGGAUGUCCAUA